AUGUCAAGCAGAAAUUUGCGAAGCCACAAAAGGCUAGAUGAAAAUGUACACGAGAGAGUCAAAGAGGGUAAACCCGACGAUAUAGACAUCAAUGAUGAGGAGCAAGACGACAGCGAUGACGCCCCUGAAGAGGAAACUUUACAUACAGGAAAAGAAAAAGUGAUAGCGAAAAUAGAAGCUGAGCGUGCUGCACUGCGAGACAUUGAAAGGGAAAAGAAAGAGAGAAGAAAGCAGAUUGAACAACGAAAUCGUGAACAGGCGGAACAACGCAAAAAACGGGCUGAGAAAGUUGACGAAACCCCAAACUUUCUUCCUCAAGAUCUGCUGCAAAACUAUGAAGCAGAAGAGGAGCUCGAGAAGCCUAAAAAAAUUGUGUUCGACGAUGAGGAGCCGGAUAUGAGUCGAAAGGAGCUGUUGGCAGCUAAGAUCAAGGAGGCUCGUGGAAUGAGUAAAACAGUUGUGAGGAAAGGUCCUGUGCGAGUUCAGCUUCUUAGCAAGAACAGGGGUCUGUUGAGCGUCCCAACAAGUAAUAUCAAGUCGAAAAAGGAUAAGUGGUUGAACCGCAAAGCUCUCAGGCGCAAGUAA